AUGCUGGUAUGGCGAGGGCUUCCUCAUCUUCUUCACUCCUGCCGAGGUAAAUGUUCAGCCACCACUAACUCGCCUGUUCAGGUCGUAUAUACGGCAAUUUACGUGGCGCCUCUCUACAUUUCGCCUGCCAGCCGCCCAUCACCAACACUUUCGAGGGACGACCCUGUGGUCAUCCGCACACGCAUCAGAUCUGUUCUAUUCUCUACCGCAUCAUGCUCCGCCCUGACGUACAUCAUCCUGGCCCGUCUAACUGACGGUGCUCUGCCUUAUGGACCACUUCAUGCAAUGGGAUACUGGCCCAUUGGCGUACUCGAGUCUGCAAAAUGCCUUCUCCUUACGGCGAUCCUGUUCGCUGCUCCGCUCUACGAGACUCUUCUCAUAGACGGCGUUUGGGAAGACUGGCGCGGUCUUGGCCCCAUCACCCGUAUCUGGACGCAGUUGACAACCUGGCGGAACAUUGUCAUGGGACCUUUGACCGAAGAGAUGCUGUUCCGUUCUGCCUCUGUGCCGUUGAUGCUCUGCGCUCGCAUGUCAUUGACACAAACCGUCUUCCUGUCUCCGGUCAUAUUUGGCUUUGCACACGUCCAUCAUUUUUAUGAAUUCCGCAUCUCUCACCCCAAGGUGCCCCUGGUCGCUGCCGUGGCCCGCUCAGUCCUCCAGUUCACCUACACGUCUCUCUUCGGCGCCUAUGCCACAUUUCUUUUCCUCCGAUCAGGAAGCCUACUAGCCAUCGUGCUGGUGCAUGCAUUCUGCAAUGCGAUGGGCCUACCCCGUUUCUGGGGGGCUGUCGAGCCUUACUGGUACGUCAGUGGACACCACACGCCAGCUGAUGGUCGAAAGUGGACGGUGAUUUACUAUGUACUUUUAUUCGCCGGGGCCAUUACUUGGUGGAAAAGUCUGUUUCCCAUGACCCAGACUUCAGCCAGCCUUUUUCCGCAGGGAUUCUGA